UCACUUCCGGCUGGUCGCGAGUCACGUGGGGAGAUGGAGCACGAGGCCGUGGAGGGUCUGAGGAAGCCUUUGGAGAAAAUGAGAAUGGCGAAGAACGAAAGCAGUGAGAAGCAGCUGAUGCGGAGGUUGAUUCACCUUGAUGGAGCAUCUAACAGGAGGCUGGAACCAAAGAAGACAAAAGGUCUGAGGAAGGAUGUUUACAUCGGAAACCUUCCAUCUGAGAUCGCAGAGGAGCAGAUCUUGCAGCUGUUUGCUGCAUUCGAGCCCGUGAAGGUUCGCAAAAUAGUGUCAGGGCUAAAGUGCUACGCUUUUGUCGAUGUGGGGGAUACUGAAAAUGUGGCGCUCGCCGUCAGUCACCUGAACAACACCAUUUACAACGGGCGACGCCUGGUCGUGAGAGAGCUGUGCGAGUCCAGAGGCUGUGAAAGAUCAACAGCAGCAACGGAACUGGAAUUGCCGCCUCUGGAGAAGGUUGACAAAGACUGCAGCGUAGGUAGCAAAACCUUGUCUGUCUCUUGUCUAGUUAAAGGUGGAAGUCAGACCAGCUACGCAAUCCCGUUGGAGAUGAGGAGUUUGACGUUGGUACAGAUGCUGACCAGCUGUUUCAAGGAUGUCGGGUGGAUCACAGAGAGCGCGAAGGUACACGGGGAGGUUGGCCUCAUGGUCAUGGACACGUUCCCCCACAUGCCAUACUUCUGGGCCAUGAACCUGACUCCGGAGACCUACGUGAAGAUGUGCCAACUGUUCAACGCGCUCUCUGUGGUUACUUGGGAGCAGCCGUUUCUCAAGAAAGAAGAAGUGCAGAGGGGCCAGCGGUGCAUGGCUGAGUUCCCAGGAGAAGGCGGAGAAUGGAACAGAUGCUGGAUAGUCGACGUGGUGGAGAGUUGGGUCAUCCUAUUUUACGUGGAUUCCGGGAGCACAGCCUGCGUCCCAGCAGGAUGUGUGAAAUCUCUAGACAACGAUAAGUUCUGGGCUGUCCCGCCUCUGGUUCAGCCCUUCGUCCUCCAGCAAGGAGUCAUGGGUAACCGCAAGAUGGAUGGAAGCAUUCUGAAGGGAAGGGUUGUCGGAUUCCACGAGGCAGAGCCCCACAUCCUAAGAUUCUCCAUGACAGAUGAGGACUGAAGGCAGCACAGUGCGCGGGAACAAACCUGAACACUUGAGAAUACAAAAUAAAGGAAAAUUGUAAAAUUA